AAAUUAUUUGCCCAUUCUUACACAUAAGCUAAACUUCUCUUAUCUCCUACUCUCUGCUUAUCUCCUAUCUUCUCUCUUCUUUAUUUUUUAUUUCUUUUUCUGUUUUUGGGGUGUCUUAUAUAUGAUUUGGUCGUUAAGGAGUUAUUAGUUAUAUUGUUUGGUUAAGAAACAAGUCCAUCCAAAUUCAAAACCUUAAAUAACAAGUAUAUAGUUCCUAUAAAGAUAUAUGGACAACAACCAAAAACAAAGUUCUUCUUCAUCAACCAUGAAUAACUUUGAUCAAUUUUUUGGUCCCAAGGACUCAUCCUCUACUUCAUCUUCCUCCAUCGCUCUCUUUGGUUCCAUUUUUCCGCCUUCAUCAUCUGUUGGAGGGAGAGAUUAUUCAAGAACACAAGAUGUGGCAGGCAAACAUUUUGCAAUAUCAGAUCAAAAUAAGAGUAGUGACAUGUUAAACAAGAAUAAAAGUGUGGUGGAGCAUAACUAUUACAGCUCUUCAAUCUACUAUGGUGGUCAAGAAAUUUAUUCCCCAAGAAGCAGGACCACCACCACCGCCACUACUCCUCCUCCUCCUCAACCCCACCAUCAUGCUUUCAAAAAAGAUAAGGAGGAUGAUGAUCCCAAUGGUAGCGAUCCAAACAGUGCUUCAAGAGGGAAUUGGUGGCAAGGUUCUCUUUAUUAUUAACAUAGUUUUAGGGGGAAAAUAGACCAUUCCUAUUCAGUACGUAGUGUUGCAGGAGAUGCUGAUCAACCACGAAGCUUUAUAUAUGUAUGGAGAUCAAUCUACCAGAAAAAGAAAGAACAAAAUAAUAAGACAUGAUAGAUUGAUAUACAUAUAUAUGUAUGGAGAUCAAUCUACCAGUAUAGCUUGAGACUUAAAACUACAUACUCCUUGCUUUGUAUUUUAUGAAAAAGUUUCUUAUUAUUUUCAUAUUGGCUUUUGACAUUUAAUUUAGGCCUUUAUUUGUUUUAGUUUCUUAGUGAUAUGUUGUCAUGUUUCGUAUGUAUGUACUCAACUUUAUGGGUUUUUUUU